AUGUCAGACUCAUUACAAGAGAGGAUUAAAACGUUGGAUGAUGAGGUCGACAUGCUCAAGAAGCAGAAGCGCCAGAAGCAGGUGCAGUUCGACCAGGUGUCCAAACAACUCGAGGAGUCUCGUGUUGAGGUCACCAAGUACACCACAGAGAAUACAAAGUUGAAACAAUCACUUACAACAAUUGAGGAUAAAGAUAAAAAGUCACAGAUAGCAAUUAACAAGGCUAAUGAAACUAUAAAGACUUUGAGAUCGGAACUCAAGGUGGCAAUGGAGAAGUCAUCGGGCAAGCCAUCUGCCAUCUCCACAAUGGAGAGGACUGCUGCCAACAAUGAGAAGAAAGAGUUUGAGACCAAGAUCUCAAUGCUCAAGCAACAAGUCGACCACUACGAGAAGGAAAGAAAGACUUUGGCACUAGAGCGUGACAACCUCAAGCUCAGAGUCGAUCAAUCAGAGGUAGAGUAUCGCGCCUGCUGGAGGGCAUUGCCAAGCCAACUAGCCACAAGCAUACUCACACUUGUCCCAAUCAAUCAAUCAAUUAAACAGAAACAACUAAAGAUAUCAGAGUGCAAUAUUGAACAACUUCGUGCAGAGUUGCAAAAGUUGUCCAAGGACAAGAGUUCGUUGGAGAGCAAGUUGGAGGAGUUGAAGAAGGCCGCCAACACUGACAAGGUCAACCUCGAGAAUAAGCAAUUCGUCAUCAAUGAUCUGAAGCAAAAGAACCAAGAGUUGGAAGUCCAAUUGAGGGAUCAUGCCGCAAGUAUCCAUAGAUUGGAGAAUGACAAUGCUAUAUUCAUUACCCAGGGUGAUGAAUUGACCACCGCUCACGCUGUUAUUACUGAGCUCGAGGCUAGAGUUGCCAAGCAACAGGCCGAGCUGCAAAGUACCAACGCCACCAAUCAGCAAUACGAGCUGAUAGCCAAUGAGCUACAAGAGACACUUGACCAGAUGGAAGCCAACACACGCAAAGAGAGCCUCACUGCCAAGGUGGAGAUCGACGCUCUCAACCUCCGCAUGGACGAGUUGAUCGAGCAGAAUGACCUUUUGAAAUCAAACAUGGAAGCAGAGUCCAAGAGAUUGGAGCAGGCUGAGAUUAAGUUCAACGCCGACAAGAUUGGACUUAUGUCUCAGAUCAAGGAGCAGGAGGACGAGGUGGCCCACCUCAAUGUGCAGUUGGAGAACGAAACCAAGAACUGCCAGGUCCUCAGUGAGGAGCUGAGCGCGGCAAAGAGUGAGCUCAAGACAAUGUCGACCAAGUUGCAAUCACGCAUCGAUGAGCUGCAGCAGGAGUUGGCCACACAGGCUGCCAACGCCGCACAACAAGAGAGCGAGCUGCGUGAGCAGUUGUCCAGCGCAAAGAUCGCUCUGGAGAACCAUAGCGCCAUGCUGGGCCAACGCGAUGCCGCCAUCAUCGAGUUUGAAAAGACCAUCGAGCAGCUUGAGGGCCAGUUGGCCAUCCUCUCACAAGAGAAUGCCGACCAGGAGCAGCGCCUAAAGGACGCCGCCGAGCAGCACGCCGACAUAUCCUAUCGCCUGGACAACACUACCGCCGCCAAGGACUCUCUGAGCACCCGCCUGCAGGACCAGAUCACCGAGUUGAGCAAGCAGAUCGAGUCGCACAUCCAAGCCCUCAAGUCCAAGGAUGCCGAGAUCGAGUUGAGAGAACAGACACACAAGCAGAGCGACGAGGCACUGAGGUCCCAGAUGGCCAAGCUAAGCGAUACCCUCGACCAGGCCCGUCGCGAGACCGAGGAGUUCAAGACCAACUGCGCUCAUCUGGAGGAGCAGCUCGAGGACGAGCGUUCGAAGCUGUCCGACCUGUCUACAGCCAAGCUUGAGUUGAAGGAUAAGCUGCACCAGAGAACCAAGAGUCUGGAGGCCAAGGAGGCCGACAUCGCCUCGUUACAGGCUGCCAAUCGCGAGCUGGAACAAACGAUCGAGCAACUUACCAUCAAUCUGGCCCAGGCCAACGACACCGUCAUUCCCGAGAAGGAGGAGAUCAUUGGUCAGCUUGAGCAGUCGAUUGAGUCACUUAAGUGCCAGCUGCAAGAUGGUCAAAAUGACCUGGCCGCCCGCGAGAAGGACAUGGCUGAGCUGCGUGCCCAGCAUGAACAACAGAUCGCCGCUCUAGAGCAAGAGUCUGCCAAGUCCGCACGCAAGAUGACCAAGGCAAUCGACGCCAAGGUUAAGAAGAUCGGCCAACUCAGCCAAGAGGUUGACCGCCUGGCACCCCUGCUUGAGCAGGCCCAGGCCGCAUUAGAGACCCAACAGGCUCGCUACCAGGAGCUUGCUCAGCAAGAGCAGGAGAGGGCUGCACAGGUCGACACCCUGCAGGCCCAGUGUGACGAGCGCCAGAACAAGUUUGACGCUCUCAAGCUCGCAAUGGAGGGUGACAAGAGUGAUGCAGAACGCCAGCAUCUCAGCGAGGUGGCCCGUCUCCAGCAGGAGAUUGAGCAACUUCGCGACGACCUCGACAAUGGACGUCGACAGUUCGAAGAAGUAAGACAGAACGUGGGCGAGAUCGAGCAGUCGUCCACAGAGCUCAAGGACACUGUCGAACGCCAGAGCAAGCACAUUGAGUCACUCAAGCGCGAGGUUGCCCAUGAGCGUGCCGCCAUCCAAUCCAUGCGUGAUGAGCUGUCCACUUGCGAGACACAACUUCGCGAUGCCCACACCGCCCUGGCCACCAAGGAGACUGACAACGCGACACUUAUACGUGGUAUCCACGAGAAGGAUGACGCAAUCCGCGAGCUUAAGGCCGAGAUUACACAGACUUCCAGCCAACACCGCGCAGCCAUCCAAGAGGCCACCCAAGUGGCCAGCCAGCUCAGCGAGGCUCAGUCCACCAUCGAACAGCUGGAGCAAGCCAUCAAGAGCAAGGAGGAGGCCAUGCGCGACCUGGCCCACCAGCUAGCCGGUACCAAGGAGAACAUGGAGAGCACUGGCAGCGAGUGGGAGGAGCGUCUUGCUACUCUGUCAGAGGAACACGAAGAGCUCAAGACCGAGCGUGACCAAGCUCUCGAGCGCAUUGUAGAGCUAGAGCACCAGGUUAGCGAAUCGAUGGGCGAGAUGGCCAAGUAUCUCGAGGCGAUGGAGUCUCUGGACGCCAAGCAUGUCGAAGUCGCCGCUGAAAAGGAGAAGCUGGAGCACGAGCUCGAAGAGAUGUGUCUGCUCAUGGAGUCGUCAGACGAGGUCCACCAACAAAAGGUCUCAGAUCUCGAGAUUGAGCGCGAUGAGCUUGCCCAGCGCGUGGCCCAGAUGGAGGAAGAUGCCGCCGGACUCCAGAUCACAAUCGAGGAGAAGCAACUGGAGUAUGACGAGCUCUUUGAGAACCUGGAGGCCGAGCGCGUCAAAGGCGCCAACAUCCUGCAGGAGGUCGAGACAAACAUCAACGAGAUGGAGGAGGAGCACCUGGCCAAGAAGCAGGAGCUCGAGCAGAUGAUCGAGGAACAUAGUGGCACCAUUGCCGACCUCCUCGAGCAGCUGGCCAAGGCCAAUGCUGAUGCCGAGAACAAGCAGGAGGAGUUGGUUGCGCUGCAGGAGACCGCCGAACAAGGAGCCUCCAACAUUGACCGUUUGAAGCAGAAUGUGGCCGCCAACAAGACCGAGCUUGAGCGCAAGGAGACAGAGUUGGUGGAGCUGCGCGAAGCGCUACACAGACGCGAGCAAGAGUACAACGACCUGUUGGAGAACAAGUCUGGCGAACUAGACAAUGCUGGCGCACUCAUGCGUCAACUCAACGACCGCAUUGCCGAGUUGGCAAAGUCUGUUCAGCAGCUUCAGGCUGAGAAGCAGGAGCUGAUCUCGAGCAAGGCCGAUCUUCAGUUUAAGUACGAGCAGUUGGAGCAGGACAAGAUUGCCGCUGAGAAGCAAGCCAGCACUAGCGCCAAGACUGUUGCCGAGCUUACCACGCGUCUCCAGGACGAGCGUGCCCAAACCGAGACCCUGACACAUCAGCUUGCACAGAGGGGCGAGCAGGUGUCUGAGCUUACUGAGCAGCUGGCCCAGCUGCGCAUUGAGAUGGAGGCUGAGGCCACAAACAAGGAGGCCUCAGACCAGCUAGUGUCUGCAGCCAACGAUCAGAUCGCACAACUGCACGACAAGGUCCAGACCACAGAGUCUGAGCUGCAUUCCGAGGUCCAGCUCAAGGACGCGUUGAUUCAGGACAUGGAGGAGCUUCGCACACAGCUCAACAACAUCACCAAGGAGAGGACCACGUUUGAGGACAAGUCCAAGGAGCUGGAGCUCACUGUCCACGCCCUGACCGAACAAAGCCAGUCCGCACAGGCUCAGUCUGUGUCCGAGCAGACCAUCCUCACACAGCUCAGAGCAGAACUCGAGGAAGCACGCACCGGCCAGGCCACCACAAUCCAAGGACUUGAGCAACAGUUGGCCUCACAAACGGCCUCUGCCAAGGCAUUGGCCCAAGAACUAGACCAGCUCAAGAUCAGCGCCACACAACUUGGACACGACAAUGCUCAUUUGCAGAGUGAGCGCGACAAGGACACAUUUGAGUUGGAGCAACACAAGAGUGCAGCACAGGCAUUGGAGCAAGAGUACGAGCGACGCAUCAAGGAGCUCAACGACGAGAAGGAGGACAUGUCCAAGAAGUUCAACGAGCUCUCACAGACUCUCACAGCCGAGCGCUACCGCUGGCAGCAACAGAUGAGCGAGCAACAGGCGACCUUGGGCAACACAUCCGAGAUGGACGCACAGCUGGCCGCCCUACGCGCUCACCUCGACGAGGAGAAGGAGGCCAACCAGGUGAGCAUCAAACAGAUGUCCAACGACUAUGAGCUUUUGGUAAUGGACAAGGAGAGCGUGGAGACCAGCCUCGAGUCAGCCAACGAGCGCGUCAAGCAGCAGGCCGAGGAGCUGGAGCGUCUCACCGCCGAGAUGGAGCAGGCACAGAAGGCCAACGCCAACAACACGUUGGCCAAGGAGCUGGCCACUGCCAAGCUGGCCAUCGCCGAACUCGAGUCAUCCAUGGCCGACAAGGAUGGCGAGGUUGACAAGUACCUCGACAAGUGUGAGGAGUUGAUCAACAAGAACAAGGCCUACGAGAAGAAGAUCGCCAUGCUGGAGGCCAAGCUGAGUGCACCUGCAGUUGAAGCCCUUGGCGACACGACUCUGCGCCACACAAACAACAAGAACAUCGCAAACAACGUCGCUGCUACACUGGUGUCGCCCACCAAGUCACUGCACACUCAGCCAUCCAAGUCACACAUGCCUCCAGUCAAGCCACUCGGGCUCCAACUCAAGAGAAAGGCGGUUGUACCCGAGCCUGGCGCAGAGGCCAUCCUUAAGAAGAGCAAACCCUCCUCUUGA